AUCAGAAGUGAAACUGCUGAUUCUCCAUCAUCUCUGUGUGUGAUCUGCUGUCUGACCAAUCCACCAUAUACUCAGUUACCUGAGUGCUGACAGCAGAGCUCCAUCCAUGGCAUCUUUCUGAAUCCACGAUUCUCUCAUCCUCCGGUGCGGUCGUGACAUAAAUAGGCUAUCCGUGCGCUUUUGCAUCCACCAUGCUGCAGAUUGGAGAUGAAGUGGUGUAUUUCUCGGCGGUGUUUCUGCUGGUGAUGUUAGGGACGAGGAGCGCCACGGGGGCCUCCCUUCUCACUGCAUUGCUCUACGUCUUUAUGGUGAUGUUCCGGUUUCCUGCGGUGCCUGCGAACCAGGCCGGCCGUGUCCUGCGGCCCAGGGCUCCUUCAGGCGGCGUCACGGUGGUGGCGCACCGCGGAGGGAGCCACGAUGCUCCGGAGAACACCCUGGCAGCGAUCAGAGAGGCCAGUAGGAACGGGGCUACUGGAGUAGAACUGGACCUGAGUUUCACAGCUGACGGAGUGCCCGUACUGAUGCAUGAUGAGACUGUGGACCGCACCACCAAUGGCUCUGGACCAGUUAACAAAAUGCAGUUUGUCCAGCUCAGGAGACUAGAUGCUGCUGCUCGCCACCGUCUGAGGGAGAGGUUCAGCGGAGAGAAAGUCCCGACUCUGCAAGAGGCAGUGGAGGAAUGCAUCAGACACCAGCUGACCGUCUUCUUUGAUGUCAAAGGUCAACCUGAUAAGGCUGCAUCAGUGCUUCAUGAGAUGUAUAAGAAGUUUCCAGUCCUUUACAAUACCAGCAUGGUUUCCUCCUUUGAACCCAAAGUCAUCUACAAGAUGCGUCAAACUGACCCCAAUGUGGUCACGGCUCUCACCCACCGGCCCUGGAGACUGAGCCGCUAUGGUGAUGGCACUCCUCGGACCCUGUCGUCAUGGGGUCAGAUGUGGACUGGGGUUCUGGACGUGUUGCUGGACUGGGCUCACCACCACAUACUGUGGAAACUCUGUGGAGUCUCUGCCAUCCUCGUACAAAAAGACUUCAUCUCACAGGACUAUGUUCAGUACUGGGCAGAGCGUGAAGUGGAGGUGGUGGGCUGGACUGUUAACACAGCUGUGGAGAAAGACUACUACCAAAACCUGCUCAACAUUGGCUUCAUCACUGACAGUCUGCUGGAAGACUGCGAUCCUCAUUACUGAAUGAUCUCUCACACACACAUGCAAGGUUGUUCAACACAUGUGACAAUGAUUAAAAACAAAGAAAAAGUUUCCUUAUAAACAAAUUAGACAUUUCAUUAACAUUUCUAAGUUUCUUUUCUUGUUUUUUCAAAGAGCAUAACAUACUGAAAUACAUAGAUGAAGUUUUAAGAGGGAGGAAGCUUGAUAUUUGGUGCUAACCAGCUGAGUAGUGGCAAUCGAACAAAGCAAGCUUUAUAGAAACACAUAUAUGAUUUAGCGUAAGACAUAAUAACACAUUGUUACCUGUAGCUGGCAUACAGGUAAUUUCCCUUUAAAUCUACAGUCACGUUAAACCAUGAAGGCUCUACUGUAUCCUUAUCCUACUACCAGCAGCUAUACCUCCGACUCUCCUGGACCAGGGAUUAGGAUUACGCUACUUUAAAGAUCUUUUCUACCUUCUGUGCUGAUCUUUCAGAGGCUUUGUUGCGGCGUUUAAAGAGACAUCAGUGUAUAUAAUUGUAACUUUAGACAUAUUGGCAUCAUAUUAAUGCCUGCUAUCAUGAUAUUUAUCCAAUUCAUAGACUUCUCUUGUGCAUAUUCUACAACUUGACAUAAUUGUUUAAUUAAUCUGAAAUUUCCCCUCUGUUAUUAAGUGCCAUUGUUGCACAAAUACAUGAGAAAUGUUGUUAUAAGACAUUAACGUAUGAUAAAAGACACUUAUAUAAAGAAGACAAACAACUUGUAAACCACAGAAAGUCCUCACACUCAAAUCUCAGAGACUGAAAACAAUUUAGAAUUUGUUUAAAAGCGACUUGUCUUUUAAUUCAGCAUUUAAUUCAACAGCUGCUCGGAAUAAGAAAUGUUUAUAUCUAUUACAUUACAGUAUGUGCCGGUCUGAGUGCUCUGACACAUCUCUGCCACCAGAGACCCAGCAGUUUUGGCAGACACAUGAAUUAAGAAGACUAAACAUUUUGAUCCUAGCUGCACCGAAAGGCCUCUGUUGUCUGUUUUGUGAUCAGGGCCACAAACAGGAUUUAAUAAAAUACUGAGGUCAGGAGUUCAGAUUCCUUCAGUGCCACCCCACCUGCAAAAGAAUUGUUUGACUAGACACCCAAAAAACCUUAAUAUUACAUUUCUUUCACAUUACAUUUAUUCACUUAACAUUUCAGUUAUAUAUUCUGCACAUUUUAUCUCUCUACAUAAUGGUCUAAAUGCUGCUUUAAAUAAUUCUCCACACUGCCAGGUGUAUAAUUUUGGGGGAUAAAUGCUAAAUCCAUUAAAUUGACUUUUAUUGAACUUAAUUGUUUUGCAUGAAAACAUGUACAGAUACUGACUGUGGAGAAUAUCAGAAUCAGCCUUAAAAACCAAAUUGUCUGUAACUGUAGAAUGUAAACUGUUAAUCAAAAGCUCCAAAUUUCCAGAGAGGGUACAGAGGACAUGAAAUAAACAUGUACAAUAAGAGAAUCUUGUAGGCUAAAGAUGAGGUUAUUCUCUUGAAAGAAAAAUCUACAUUUCAACAAGACUGUGGUCUGAGAUUAGUGAUAAAUCAACAAGCGAUUACUCAUCAACAUUUCCCUGUUUGGCUGAAAUAUAUCUUCAGAAUGUAUAUCCAGUCUGCAAAACAGAUGGAAGCUAAUAAUGCCUUGUAAGUGAAA